CUCUAACCUCCAACCACAACUCAAAUAUCUCCUUCUCCCCACAAACCAAAAAGAUGUUGAAACCACAGCUAACCCACCAGUCGUCGCAGUACUCCACCCAAACCCCCUUCCUGCAACUCAAGCCCUUCAUCCAUGGCAAUGGCAAUGCUUCUCUCCCCAUCUCAAGGCACUCAUUCCAAAAAAAGAACAAAAGUGUUCGAGUCGGCUUCACCCCCAGCAACAUAAAAGCCGUAGCAAGCUCUACUGAGAAAUCUACUUCUGUUAAAGCUAUUGUAACUGUGAAACUAACCGUUGGUGGCUUCCUCUCAAACCUUGGGUUAGCCAGAGGGAUCGAUGAUAUAAAAGACUUACUUGGUCAAACGCUCCAAUUGGAGCUUGUUAGCACCGAGCUUGAUCCUAGGACGGGAUUAGAGAAGAAGACAAUUAAUGGGUACGUACACAAGACUGGCCAAGCUGAGCAGGAAGUGAAAUACGAGUCAAGUUUUGAAGUUCCAGCAGAUUUCGGGGAGGUUGGGGCCAUUUUAGUGGAGAAUGAGCACCACAAGGAGAUGUUCCUCAAGGAUAUUGUCCUCAGUGGCUUCCCUAAUGGCCCCGUAAAUAUCAACUGUAAUUCAUGGGUUCAUUCAAAGAAUGACAAUCCUCAGAAGAGGGUCUUCUUUUCAAACAAGUCAUACUUGCCAUCCCAGACACCAAACGGGCUGAGAAGGCUAAGAGAAGAAGAGCUUAAGAUUUUGAGAGGCAAUGGACAAGGAGAACGUAAGACCUCCGAGAGGGUUUACGAUUAUGAUGUGUACAAUGAUUUAGGAAAUCCUGAUAGUAGUGCAGAACUUAAGAGACCGGUACUCGGUGGCAAACAACACCCCUAUCCCAGACGUUGCCGAACAGGACGCCCGCGCACCGCCAUACAUCAGAAGAAGUUAUUCAUUCUAGAUUACCAUGACCUAUUGUUACCAUAUGUGAGCAAAGUAAGAGAGAUUAAAGGGACAACUUUGUACGGAUCAAGGACGGUGUUCUUCCAAACCCCAGGUGGCACCUUAAGGCCACUAGCCAUUGAGUUGACUCGGCCACCAAUAGAUGGGAAGCCUCAGUGGAAAGAGGUUCACAUGCCUUGUUGGGAUGCUACAGGUAUCUGGCUAUGGAGGAUUGCAAAAGCUCAUGUUCUUGCCCAUGACUCUGGUUAUCACCAACUUGUUAGCCAUUGGCUAAGAACUCAUUGUGCUACAGAACCUUAUAUAAUUGCGACAAAUAGGCAACUCAGUGUGGUGCACCCUAUCUAUAGACUACUGCACCCUCAUUUUCGGUACACUAUGGAGAUUAAUGCUCUUGCUCGAGAAGCACUUAUUAAUGCAGGAGGGAUCAUUGAGACCUCAUUUGCACCUGGCAAGUACUCCAUCGAGUUGAGCUCCGCUGCUUAUGACCAGCAGUGGCAAUUCAACCUGGAGGCAUUACCAGCUGACUUAAUUAAUAGGGGAAUGGCAGUUGAAGAUCCAACUGCUCCACAUGGCCUAAAGCUCACAAUUGAGGAUUACCCAUUUGCCAAUGACGGCCUCCUCCUUUGGGACAAUAUCAAAGAGUGGGUGAGUGACUAUGUCAACCACUAUUACCCCAACCCGAGCCUCAUAGAGUCUGAUCAAGAGCUACAACAAUGGUGGACAGAAAUCCGAACAGUAGGCCACGCCGACAAAAAAGACGAACCUUGGUGGCCGGUUCUCAAGACCCCAAAAGACCUCAUCGAAAUCGUCUCAACAAUUGUAUGGGUGACAUCUGGACACCAUGCAGCCGUGAACUUUGGACAAUACACUUACGCUGGUUAUUUCCCUAACCGGCCUACCAUUGCUAGAACCAACAUGCCCACUGAAGACCCUUCUGAAGAAUUUUGGAAAAACUUCUUGAUAAAGCCUGAAGGUGCACUCUUACAAUGCUUCCCUUCACAAAUUCAAGCGACAAGAGUGAUGGCUGUUUUGGACAUCCUAUCAAAUCAUUCUCCGGACGAGGAGUAUCUGGGGGAUGUAAUAGAGCCUGCAUGGGCUGAAAAUCCGAUCAUUAAGGGGGCCUUUGAACGGUUUAACGGGAGGUUACUUGAGCUUGAAGGUACUAUUGAUGAGAGGAAUGCAAACAGGGAUUUGAAGAACAGAAGCGGAGCUGGGGUUGUGCCGUAUGAGCUUUUGAAGCCAUUUUCGAAGCCUGGAGUGACAGGAAAGGGAGUUCCCUAUAGCAUUUCCAUUUGAAGUUGAAAUGUGUAUUUCAAGAAGGUAGAUGAUCAUAUGGCAAAUGUGGGUAUAUAAGAACAAGGAAUAUUGCUAGAAACUUCAAUGGGAUGAGCCGGAUGAUCUUUUUUCUUUUCAA